AUGAAUGGUAUGACUCCAAGCGCUGCUACUCAGAACGGAUGUGAUGAUCCAAAGAAAAUUGCUGCCUACCUGCUGGUUGGAUUUUCACUACUUCUAACCCUUAGGGUUGGUAUGAAUGGAGCUCCAUUCUGUAUGAAGAGAUUUAAGAUACCUGAACAUUUGUUCAGUCUUUACGUUAGUAGAGUUCAUAAUGCAAUGGAACUUUGCGGCUUCGUUGGAGUUACAGCCGGAACAAUUUAUACCAUAAAAUAUGGCCCUGACUAUGGACAAGAAUGUGAAAAGGUAUCAAUAGCUAUUAAUGGACUUUUUUUUCUUGUGAAUGUAGUUCUUUUGGUAGUUUUUGUUACUGGUGGUGAGGAAGGACAUUUGACUGAUUUUUACUGGGCAUUGGCAUUUUCGGCCUUUGUUUACGGAAUGAAUUUGUCAUUUAUUAUUAAAUUGGCAGGGGAUUGUAUAGUUUAUUAUUUAUCGACACUUCACGUUUCUGGUAUUUUCGCAUCUGUUUAUCACUUUAUAUUUUUGAGGUUAUUUGGUAAUAAGAGGAGGCACGACACUGAUUUUCAUAUUAUUACUUGGCAAAUAAUUAUAUCUAUAGUAAUUACGGGGGCAACUGCUGGGACUUGGGCAUCCGUUUAUUAUAAUAACAAUGGUAGCAAUGAUAAUAAAUGCGGUGGUAAUAAAAAUCAGGAAAAUAAUAAUGGUGGUAGUUCUGGUGAAUUUUCCGGUCAUGUCAUAUCAGCAAUGGUAAUGUGUGUGUUUGCACAGGGUGUUGUCUACGUUUUUUACCCAGCUAUAGCCCCAGGUCUUCUAGUGGACUUUAGGCAUGUCAAUAAGAUAGAUCAAGCCCUUCUUGUUAUUGCUCCAAUUCCAUCAAUUACUUCUGCCUUACUUUCUAAGUUUUAUGAUGACUAUUCACCUAAGAAUAAGUGGGAUGGUGAUAAGGUCUAUUGGCAUGGAACUUUGAUAUUUAUUCCAGUAAUGUGUAUUUGCGGAUUUUUAUUUAUCAGAGCACUUCACUAUCCCUUUUCAGGCACAUCUUUAGCCAUUGUAAAUAAACCCGGUAUGGUUGGAUUUUUGACUAUUUUGUUUUAUGUAAGCCAUAUGAUACUCCUAGCCGUUGGAUUUCCAGGUGUUGAAAAGAACUCUGGUGGCGCAAAGGACUAUCUUCCUACUAUAAACGGGUUUUUGACUACCGGUGCUAUGAUUGUUUUUCUUUUUUUGUCUGAAGGUUAUAUUAAUGAGUAUAAAAAACACGAUUUUGCCAACUGGCCUACUGAGGGAUUGUCAAAUAAAAGAGCCUUGGGAUUUUGGUUUGACAAGGCACUUCAAAAUGGCUGGAAAAAUUUCAAGUUAAUCUUUACCCGUGAUUUGAGAAGAGAUUUAAUGGCAACACUUGAUUUCAGCUACAAAAGAUAACACUUCAUUACACACUUUUCCACAGCGAAAAACUUUUUAUUCUCAUUUCAGAAAUUCAUUAACUCACACAAAUUAAUAUAAUAAAAUCUUAUA